UGCAGCGUCAACCUUUCUGGACCUUUGCGAGAUCCAAUAUAUCCAACACCUACCUAUCCAUCUCGCCGUUCACUGUCAUAUACUUCAUAACAGCCCUCCCAUCAUCAUGUACAGAGGCCGCUCAAGAUCCCCCGAAGAUCGCUCCUCACGCCGAUAUCCCUCUGACCGGGAUCGAAACGGCUCAGGACCUGGACCGAGCCGACCACCGUACGAUUCUGGUCGACGUGACGAAGGCAACUACAGUCGACGAGGAGGACGGGACGACCGAAGAGGAGGAUUCGGUUCUGAUAGACCGAGAGAUAGUGGAUAUGGAGGGAGAAACGGCGCUGGCAACGGGGAUAGGAAAAGGGAAUACACAGAGGACGAUCGAGAGAGGGAAAGAAGGGAUCAGAGAGCUGGAUACGAUGAUCGUCGGAGAACGUCGGCCUCUCCACCACCCAAAAAAGACCCCCCUAAGCCAAACUUUGCACCUUCCGGCCUCCUAGCCGCCGAGACCAACACUGUCAAGGUCGACCCCGCCAAAGCGGCCGCAGCAGGGAAAGCCGAUGUCAAGGGAGUGCUGCUGAAGUACAACGAACCGCCUGAAGCUAGGAAACCUACCCAGAACUUCAGGUUGUAUGUCUUCAAAGGGAACGAACAGGUCGAGCUUAUUCAGAUAUACCGCCAAUCUGCCUAUCUCGUUGGAAGAGACCGUAUCGUGGCAGACAUACCCAUCUCUCACCCUUCCGCAUCAAAACAACAUGCAGUGAUUCAAUAUCGACAGGUGGUAGAGAAGAGCGAGUUUGGGGAUACCAAGACCCGGAUCAAGCCUUUCGUGAUUGACUUGGAUUCCACGAAUGGUACUUUCGUCAAUGAUGAGCAGAUCCCAGCUUCCAGGUACUACGAAAUCCGAGAGAACGACAUCCUCAAAUUUGCACAAUCUACUCGAGAAUACGUUCUCUUGUCCGAAGACAGCGCCAAAUGAUAUAUGGCUCUCAAGAUGGCAUGCAGCAAGUG